AGUGUGAGCACCUCUGAUCUAUCUAUUUAAUUUGAAAAGAAAAAACGGCCAACAAUAUCUGGAAACUCAGUGAGGAGUUUUAGGCUUCAUGAAGUAGCAGGGUGUCACCCCUCCUCCACCGCUCAAUUAAUGGGCCCAUCAGAAUCAGCCAAUCACAGCGCUUUGCCAGAGAGCAGUGAGGGCAAAAGUCCACACCUGCAGGGAGCUGCUUUGUGACAAGAUGGAGCGUUUUCAAAAGGGGAUCAAGAAGUUGCAGACUCAGCAUGGAGAGUGUGAAAUAAGGCAUGAAAAGGCACAGUUGGAGGCUGCUAUGGCAGAUCUUGAUCGAACUGAAUGCCAUACAGCAGCUGAAGAAUGCAUGUCAUCAGAUGGAAACAGGCAAGCCUCAAGCUCUGGUGAAAAAAAGAAAAAGGAUGCACUCAAACAUCAUGGUGGCGAUGAUGAUGGGGAUGAUGAUGGCGAUGAUGAUGGAGACGAGCAGGCCUCAAGCUCUGGUGGAAGAAAGAAAAAAGGAGACACCAAAAGGGACACACCGAAACAGAGUGUAGGCGAUGAUGAUAACGUUGACGAUGAUGAUGGAGACGGGCAGGUCUCAAGCUCUGGUGGACAAAAGAAAAAAGGAGACACCAAAAUGGAAGCACCGAAACAUCAUGGUGGCGAUGACGAUGAUGACGAUGAUGAUGGAGACGGGCAGGUCUCAAGCUCUGGUGGACAAAAGAAAAAAGGAGACACCAAAAUGGAAGCACCGAAACAUCAUGGUGACGAUGACGACGUUGACGAUGAUGAUGGAGACGGGCAGGCCUUAAGCUCUGGUGGACGAAAGAAGAAAGGAGACACCAUAAUGGAAGCACCGAAACAUCGUGGUGGCGAUGAUGAUGACGACGUUGAUGACGAUGGUGAUGGAGACGGGCAGGCCUCAAGCUCUGGUGGACGAAAGAAGAAAGGAGACACCAUAAUGGAAGCACCGAAAUAUCGUGGUGGCGAUGAUGAUGACGACGUUGAUGACGAUGAUGAUGGAGACGGGCAGGCCUCAAGCUCUGGUGGACGAAAGAAAAAAGGAGACACCAAAAUGGAAGCACCGAAACAUCGUGGUGGCGAUGAUGAUGACGACGUUGAUGAUGAUGAUGGUGUGUUAAGCUUUGAAAACCUCAGUUAUUAACUGUAGUUUAAGACCUGUAUUAAUUACAUCUCUCUCAGAU